GUCUAAACGGACGGACAUGAUGAUUUCCAAGAGCCCCAAGACGGACAAGCGUCGCCAGUACCUCUGGAUCGCGUACAACGUCGUGCUCUAUGCUGUCAUCGUGGUCUCAGGCGCCAUUCUGUUCAUGGUAAUGGUUGGUAUGGUGAAGGUCGGAGGUGGCGACAAAGACGUUAAGGACGACUGGAUCGAGGUCAACUCGCAGAUUCUCAAUGGCGUUUUCACGUGGAUGGCGAUCACUAAUCACCCGUUCUUCAUCUACCGAUUGGUCAAAAUCCUGCAAGUUUUGGGUAGUCGGUGCUGGAACUGGGUCCCUGUCCUGGACAAGCGCGUUCGAGCGGCUCGGUACUUGAGUCGCCACUUCCCGCUCGUAUUCGUCGACACAGAAGCUGUCUACAGCCACAAAGUCGAGAGCACGGAGGCACAGGGUGCUGCAGCGGACGAUGGCGAAGUGUAUCUGCUGACCGAGCACGAGGAGACGGAGACGCUCGAGGAGAUCUCGUACAACCGGCGAGACGCCGAAAACCUGCGCAACACGUUCGUGAUGCUCAACUGGAAUUGUCUGUUCCAGUACCCGAUCACUGCAGUCAUGUGGGCAUACGACGCCGACACGCGCCCUGGAUUCGUCAUUGGCGUCUUCCUGCCGCUUUCGUUCCUGUGCAACUUCGGGGGUCAGUACCGCAUCUUCAAGCUCAACAAGGAUAUCAAGGCACGACGCAGUAGGAGAAGCAGUCUCUGCCCAUAACUAGUGCCUUGUAGCUUAUGACACGUGAUCGGACAUCAUUAUCAACAAAACGCUUGCAAAAAGCAAUUGUAAAUCUC